AGCGUGGUUAGUCCAUCCAGGGAGAAAGUGCACACUGGUAAUUUGCUCAGCUUUGCAGACCUCAGCUGGGCAUAUCCAGAUCCCCAAAAGGAAGAUCAUUCCUCACCCAGGCCCAAGAAAGAUGCUGAAAAAGACUCUCCCAGGGGUGACCUGGCUCUGCAUUUUCAUCAUGGCCUUUGUCAGCCCCCCAGCGUGGCCACAGAAGCCCCCGAAACGCAAAACACCCGUGCAGCUCCAAGUGGCCACCUGCUGUGAGGAGGCGAAGGAGUUCAAGGCCCAGAUCACCAAUCUAAGCAGCCUGCUGAGUGAACUGAGCCAGAAGCAGGAGAGGGACUGGGUCAGCGUGGUCAUGCAGGUGAUGGAGCUGGAGAGCAGCACCAAGCGCAUGGAGUCACGGCUCACAGACGCGGAGAGCAAGUACUCGGAAAUGAACAACCAGAUUGACAUUAUGCAGCUGCAGGCGGCCCAGACUGUCACCCAGACCUCGGCAGAUGCCAUCUAUGACUGCUCGUCCCUCUACCAGAAGAACUACCGCAUCUCUGGAGUGUACAAGUUGCCUCCUGAUGACUUUCUGGGCAGCCCCGAGCUGGAGGUGUUCUGUGACAUGGAGACGUCAGGCGGCGGCUGGACCACCAUUCAGAGACGAAAGAGUGGCCUCGUUUCCUUCUACCGGGACUGGAAGCAGUACAAGCUGGGCUUUGGCAGCAUCCGUGGGGACUUCUGGCUGGGGAAUGAGCACAUCCACCGGCUGUCCAGACGGCCAACCCGGCUACGUGUGGAGAUGGAGGACUGGGAGGGCAGCGUGCGCUACGCGGAGUACAGCCACUUCGUCUUGGGCAACGAACUGAACAGCUACCGCCUCUUCCUGGGGAACUACAGCGGCAACGUGGGAAACGACGCCCUGGUCUACCACAACAACACGGCCUUCAGCACCAAGGACAAGGACAAUGACAACUGCUUAGACAAGUGUGCACAACUCCGCAAAGGUGGCUACUGGUACAACUGCUGCACAGACUCCAACCUCAACGGAGUGUACUACCGCCUCGGGGAGCACAACAAGCACCUGGAUGGCAUUACCUGGUACGGGUGGCACGGGUCUGGCUACUCCCUCAAACGGGUGGAGAUGAAAAUCCGCCCGGAAGACUUCCAGCCCUAA